AUGCCUUCCUCUGCUCCUCUCAUCCGGUCCAAGGCCAAUGCCCAUAAGCCCGAAGUCCCCAUUAGUUAUGACAUCAACAUUCCCUAUGUCGACGUCGACAAGCUGUCGCACCUCCACACGCCAUAUCCCCAGUACCUGCCCACUUGGGAUCCCGUCUGGUUUGACCCGCUGCCGCCCUUCGAAUAUCAUGACCCAGCCUUGCGCGUCAAGGAUCCGUCCAUGCGUAACCUCCUCACUCCCGAGGUGACCAUCAACCAUAUCCAGCCAAGUAUCGGCAGCGUCAUUGAGGGCGUCCAGCUCAACCGUCUCUCGGAUGCCGCCAAGGACGAGCUCGCUUUGCUCAUCUCCCAGCGCAAGGUGCUCGCGUUCCCGGACCAGGAUCUUAUCGACGAUGGUCCCGAGCGCCAGGAGGCCUUCAUGCGCUAUUUCGGGAAGCCCAAUUACCAGCCGGUCUCCGGGACGGUGCGCAACCAUCCGGCUUUCCAUGUGAUUCACCGUGAUGGCAAUCGCGACGAGAUCGCCCGCUUCUUGGAACAGCGCACCACCACCACCCUCUGGCAUCAGGAUGUUAGCUAUGAGAUUCAGCCGCCCGGCUAUGUCAUGCUGGGCCUGUUGCAAGGCCCCGAGGUGGGCGGCGACACCGUCUUCGCCGCCACCGAUGCCGCUUACAAGCGCCUCUCCCCGACACUCCGAGGCUUCCUCGACACCCUCAAAUGUGUGCACUCCUCCGCCAGGAUGAUCAAUCACACCCGCUUAACCGGUGGCCUCGUCCGCAAGGACGCCGUCGACACCGUUCACCCGCUGAUCCGCGUCCACCCCGUCACGGGCGAGAAGUGCCUGUUCCUCAAUGCCGAGUUUAUUACCAAAAUCCAGGGCAUGAAGGAACCCGAGGUGAAGUGGAUGCUGGACUUUCUGAUGAACCACAUCAUCACUGGCCACGAUUUCCAGGCUCGAGUCCGCUGGCAGCCCCGGACUAUUGUCAUGUUUGACAACCGGUCGACCACCCACUCGGCUAUCGUGGACUAUCUGGAUGAGGAAUAUGGUGCCAAAGCCCGGCAUAUUUUCCGGCUCAUCGCUCUGGGCGAGAAGCCCAUUCCCGUAUAUGACGAGUUCGAGUAG